UAUUACAUUCACUAUUAAAACACAACGCAGAGUGGAUUUCUCUCAAAAGGAUACCAAUUGGAAGUAUUGGUGGUGAGAGAAGGAUUAUACAACAUAAUUGGUGCCGUGACCGUGGCCGGAAGAUUUCUUUCUUCAGAAUCUGCCUAGGAUCCAAGUUUUAACAUCAACGUAUUUGGUUCUGUGACUGUCAGCCAGAAGAGGCUUCCAGUGUCUGCAUAAAGCUUGGUGAGUAUAUUUGCUAUUUAUUCUAUUGCUGCAGUGUAUAUUUUUAAUAUGGCAUGUAAAAAGGUAGAUGCAAAAAUGACUUGUUCAGAAAAUGUUAAACAGUGGCUUAUGAAUUAUAUUAAGAGACAUGGUGGUCCUUAUGAAAUCUCUCAGGACUGUAAACAGUCAUGGGAAAAGAUGCAGGAGUUUUUAGGAGAAAUUUUAUUUGAUAAAAAUGUUUCUGAUAAAAAAAGAAAAGGGUGUAUUAUGCAAGCAUUACUAUCAUGUUGUUUAAAAUUAGAGGGAAUUGUAAAAAUAAAGGAGGAUGAAAUGGCAGAGCUUAAUUCAGUAAUGAACAUGAAAUAUGAGAAAUUGAAUAAUACGAUUGUAGAUCUAAGAGUGCAUGCAGUUACAACUGGUGAAGCUUUGAUUGAAAAAGCCAAAAUGUGUGAGGAGCUUACAGUGGAGAAUGAGAGGCUUAAUGAGAAAAUUUUGAAGAUGCAAAAAGAAUUGGAUGAAUGCAGACAUGCUACUAAUAUGGCUUUUAAUAAAAUGGCAGAAAGCAUGGCACCUUUGAGUAGGUCUCAUGUAUCUGAAAUUCCAGGGUCUAUUGCUAACCCAAGGAUUGGAGAUACAGGAUACAAACCUAUUUAUCCAUUGGAGGAUUUGAAACAAAAGUCAGUGACAAAUCUCCCUGCUGCUCCAACUACAACAACCACAGUGUUGAAUCCUGAUAAUUCUGGAGAGAUUCAGCUGGUUACUAAGCAGUUAAAGCCACAAGAAAUGGAUGCCAUAGUUAGAGAAAUAGGGCAGGUCCCUCAGCAGGAUAUCAAUCACUUUUUGCAAUGGUUUUGUGGAAUUCAAAGAGUGAAAGAGAUGUAUAGUUUGACAACUAGUGAUAUGGAGAGAGUGCUGCAGAGAGUUGUUGGAAAUGGAUUGUGGGUCAGGAUUGUACAGACAUGUGGUCAGCAGCGUAGAACUAGGGAUAUGUUGAAAGAGAUCUUGAGAGCACUUUAUGGAGUUACAUCAAAUGUGUCAUUGUCUGGAAAAAUUAAACAGCUGAAACAAGAGUCUCCGUAUGAAUUGUCAGCUAGAAUCUCCACAGUGAUGGAACAGUUUGGUGUCAGUAAUCCUGGUUUUGAACAGGGAGGGAUGGUGCAUAGAUCAAUGUUUUUGGAUGCAUUAGAGGAAGAUAUUAAGGAUGAGAUAUUAUCUGUAACCCCAAACCCAUCAGAAAUGUGUGAUUUACUGUUAAGAGCUGAUAAUUUGUGGCGAAGAAAGGUUAAAAAUGAGAGUUUUGCUGUAGAUGCUGCCAGGAUUUUCAGAGUAGAGAGGAGAGACAGGUCUACCAUGUAUCCUCAGAAACCAAUCAGGGGAAAUAGAUUUCAGCAUAUGGGAAAUUUUAGAGGUGAGAAUGAAUCUGGUAGUGACAAAAGAUGGAGAGAUCCACAGAGGGACCAUAGGAAUAGGGAUAGUGCUAAAGGGAGCAAUGUAAUGGGAGACAAUUGGAGAAAUAGAUGGGAGGAGCCUCAGAUAAUAGGAGAUGGAGUGGAUCCCUGGAAGAGCAGCCCACAUAAGGAAUAUGAAGUGCAAGAAAACAGCAGUCGUGAUGUGGUGGUUAUGUGUUGGAAAUAUCCAGGAGGAAGUGAUUUACAUAAGAGUACCAGUAUAUUUUGGGCCAAUGCCACAAAGGAAGUGAGGAUAAAGAUGCUGCUGGAGAGAAAUUUUACAUUUUCCCAGGAUGGUGUUGUAACAUGCAGCCCCCAUCAGACUGGAUUACAGAGUUGCCCAGAGAUGAUGAAAGAAUGGUUUAAAAAUGUAUUUCAAGCACAUAUUAAUCUAUUCUGGGAUGCAACACAAGGGCUCAAGUUUAGAGAGAGAGAAAAAAGGGAUCUGGGUACUGAUAUAAUCUCAGGGCUCAGUUUGGGAACAUCAAUUUGGAAUAGGGCAGACAUAGAGGGUCUUAACUCACGAGAACAAAAUUAUGUUAAUGGGUUGCAGCAAAUUAUGCUUAAAGAGGGACGAGUGGAUUUUAACACUCUAGCUGAAACUGAUGUCACGAUACAGAACAUUCACACAGUUGCUGCAGAUUUGCAGUGGAUUAAUAUAUCUGUGAAUGCUCUCAGAGAAUCAGUUAAUAACAAUAAUGUAUCUAAAGCUAUGGUAUGUGGUAUAGUUGGAAAUUUACUAGACGAACAUCUAAAUUUAGGCCUCCAAGAAAUAAAACGAGGGGAAUGGCCCAGAAUAAUCAAUUCUACCCUAGUCUAUGAUCUGGUUAGGGAAUAUGGCAUAGAUUGUCAGAAUAUAGUCCUUUCCAAAAUUAAAGGUCUGCAGAGUUGGUGCAAUAAGUGCAAAUUAGGAAAAAGGGUAAUUCCAUUAAUAAUUGACAUUCCAGUUUGGACAGAACAGCCUGUACCUGUUUAUAAGAUGACUAUGUUUGGUGAGUUGGAAGUGGCUAAUCACACUAAUGUUUUAAAACAAUUCCUUCCACAAACUCGCUUAGUAAUAAAAGAAGACCAGUUCUGGAAAGUUAUCAACCCCAGUUGCUGUGACAGAUGUGGUAAUGCUUGGCUUUGUUCCUGUGUACUUGAACCACUAGUCCAGGCAGAUGGGUGCAUGGUGGAAAACUCAGGAAGCUGCCCUGUUCACCUUCACAAACCCAUAAAUGGGAUCAUUAACAAAGAGUCCCUGGUAUCAAAAAUUGGAUUAUACGAGGCUCGACAUAAAAUGAGGGCAAGAGACUUCUAUGGAACAUCCUCAUAA